GUCAGACAGGAAGGCCUGGAGCCGAUAGCACCAGCAGGAAGGAAUGCCAGCUGGGUGAGCAGUGGGGCCCAGGGCAACGUCAUGCCCCGCCCCCUCCCUGUCACGGGGGUGCGGCCUGGCCUCUCCUGCCGCCCGCUUCCCCUGCCCAGCCUGGCAUCGGCACAGUCCAUACACACAGCUUGCCUUGCAGCCCAGACAGGCCUCUGGAACACAGGGACGGCCAUGGAGACUUCGGGAUCCUCCGCCCAGACUCAAGACCACAGUGAAAUCCACAGAGAAACAGAGGAUCUAGACGACGGAGAGACGGAUUUCCACAGGCAGGACCGGGAGACCGGACUCCUUUCUCAAGAAGGAUAUAAGAGAGACAAGGCCUCUUCUUCCUCUUCAUCCUCCUCCUCCUCUUCCUCCUCGUCAUCCUCCUCCGCCUCAGAGAGCAGGGAUGAGGACCCGCACCCCAGAGGACCUGGAAAGGGACGGCAGAGCCGGGGGGCUGGACACCGCCACAGGGAUGGCUCACCGGGUGCUGAGCCUGCAGAGCCUGAUGUUUCGAAGGAUGAGCUUCAACUCUAUGGAGGUGCCUCUGGAGAGGUGGUGCCCUCUGGGGAAUCAGGACUCCGAAGGAGAGGCUCUGACCCAGCAAGUGAAGUGGAGCCCGCUCAGUUAAGAAGGCUGAAUAUAAAGAAAGACGACGAGUUUUUCCAUUUCGUCCUCCUCUGCUUUGCCAUUGGGGCCUUGCUGGUGUGUUACCACUACUAUGCAGACUGGUUCAUGUCCCUCGGGGUCGGCCUGCUCACCUUCGCCUCCCUGGAGACCGUUGGCAUCUACUUUGGGCUGGUGUACCGGAUCCACAGCGUCCUGCAAGGCUUCAUCCCCCUCUUUCAGAAACUGAGGCUAAUAGGGUUCAGGAAGACUGACUGAGGCCAGUGCCGGGCGGGCAGCCAGGCCAGGCCCCAGUGUGACCACCACUGCAUUCCCUGAGCCCACGAGGACAGAGCAACGUUCUGGGAGACAUGCGGCAGGCCAGGCUAGAGCAAUAAAGAGAGCAUUUUCCUUCCUUGUGGUCUGAACGUUGGCACCAGCCUGGGCCGAGUUAUCAUUCGGGCAGUGUUGGUAUGCAGUUCAGCUGCCAGGACGGAAGGCAGAGGGAGGGUGCGGGGCCUGAGUCCUUCCCGGUACCUGGGUCAACAGGAGGAUUCUGGGACAUCACUGCUCCCAGGGGACAGUAGGAGUCCCCUGGGUCCUGCGAGCUGUAAUCUGUCUGGGCUCGUGGUUCCUCUCAAGUCCCCAGGCCAUCCCAGUGUGCUCUCAGGUCCUACAGAGCCAUCCUGGGGCAGACAGGCCACUGCCCUGAGGCAGGGAACCACUAUGUCAGGCCCCUGGGGUGAACCUAACCCAGGGGAGCUCUUGGGGCCUAAAGCCACAGCAUCCAGGUGUCUUCCCGCCACCCCAUCACCCACUGCCCAGCCCGCUACCCUGGACCCCGUCAAGAUCCAAAUAAACAUUCUCUUCCCUGGA